AUGGGCGGCGAUGAAGAAGAUGCAGCAGGUGGGAGUGAUCACAAUGGAGGGGAAAGUCAGGCGGGUAAGUCUGAGAGUCAGGCUGGCUCUGAGAAUGGUGUGGAGGAGAGCCAAGAAGAAAGUGGUAUCGACGAGGAGAACGACGGCGAGACCACGACAAAAAAUCAACAAAACCCGACAAAAAAAUCCAAAAAGAAAACGAAAAAGAACAAGAAACGAGGUGGUAAAAAGAAGAAGGGAAACGCUGGACCCGGACCAGACACCCGCGGGCCCAACCCACAAAACGAGAACCGUCCUCAUCGCCGCUUCGUCCCCGAGGCAUGGGCGCACCACUUUCUCGUCGCCGUCUUUGUGGUUCUCUUCUGUCUCGUUUUGGUCCGCUCCUUUCAGUACUGGUUCCAACCCCCUCCUCAGCAGCAAUACACCCAACAGCGCCAGUCUCUGCGUAAGCAGCAACAGGCUCUGAAGAGGGCGCCUCAGCCCGUGGUGCUGCCGCCUGUUAUGGGGGAUGGAACUGCACGGCCGCCGUCGGGGGCUAAGCAACCACAUCAGCAGCAGCAGAAUCGGGGUGGAUUUCCUGUCAGGAAGGGAGGAGGGGGAUCGUCGGCGUGGUCGAAGGGGAGGAAAAUGGUAUAG